UCCAGACGGAUGUGUCGCAGAUCCCUUCACGCCCUGCAAUUGGUCGCUGACCGCCUGAACGACGGGGCAAGAUCUACAAGGACAUGAAACGCAAUCUGACCCAAUUCGGUGGUUUUCUUGAUUUCAUCAGCAAAAAGGGAGAGGGUGUCGUCUUCCUUGGGAAGCCGCAUGAGCGAAGCGUGUGGGAACUUUUAGCAGAUCGGCAUGUUGUCGCGAUGGAAGGGAACUCUGACCUGUUGCAAUUCACGAUGCAAUUCGUCAAAAGCGAGGUCAACUUGGGGGCCCACAAUUGCGAGUUCAUGGUGAAGAAGGCGAAACGGAAUUGCGUAUUCAACACCGGUUCAGAAGAAGGGGCUGAAUUGCACAGAAGAGAACGACGGGGGGAAAUGGAGGAAGCGGAGGAAGAGGAAGAAGGGGAGGAAGAAGAGGAAGGGGGAGAAACAAAGUUGAGUAAGUUGUUUGAAGGAAAAGAUGGUGUCAUAGGGGAAGUGGAUUUUGGAGACGACGAAGUGGAUAUUGAGGAUGAUGCCGGAUCUGGAGAGUCGUCUGAUGAGUUUGGGCAAGUGUACGGAGAGCAUCGUGAGGAUGAUGUCGACGACGAUGCAACGGCAAUGGAGAUGGAGACACAGGUGGUCAGCAGCCUCUCGGCAGAACAUGAAGACUAUAAGAAUCAACCACUGACGUCUUCGAUUGAUCGCCAACACCGGUUCCAUGAGGCUUCCGUUGUUGUGAGCCCAUCUAAACCGAGUCGUCGUAUAAACAUCAAAGAAGUUAUCGAUGACAUCCUCGGCGACCAGCACGUAUCCGCGCAUUCGUCCACAAUGCCUGACGUCGACAACCCUCGCAACAUCAAACCCUUCGUGGCAGCUCCCUUCGCUUUCUCGUCGCCAAACUCUCCGAUACUGGUGGUCACAAUCGCCAACGGAGGGGAAGGCGAGAUCGGGGGAGGACAACAUGUCACAUCCUCGAAAAAAUAUAGGGUCGGCACUCCGGCUCUCACGGUGUUGGGCUUGCCUGCGCCAACUUCACCGACGAAGGAGCGGAGGGACAAACCAGCUGCUAAGCUAUAAACUUGUAAAGAACACUCAUAAGAGGGGCACCACUCAAGGAAAUUCGUUGCGAGUUCAAAAGCAUAAGAAAAAAACAUAAGAACUUAGGAUCUAACACCACAAUAAGAGACUAGCUUCAUGAUUCGAGGUCAUUGGGCAAUUGGUAGGAAUAAAAACAAUACAGUGGC